AUGAUCAAGGCAGGACAAGUGGAGAAGACUGUGGAUCGUGAUUUUGAUAUGGAGGAACGCCGUUACCGCACGCUAGAGCAGGCUGUACAGAGGCUGCAACGUGAAGCAAAGGGUUAUUUAGACUCACUUCGGUCGAUGUCAGCAUCUCAACUGCGGAUUGCAGAAGCGAUGGAUGAGUUUUAUGUGGAUGCUCAUCAUAAAGAGCGUGCUAGUAAACAUUAUACACAUGCAAUAGAGGAUUUUGAUACACGAACAAUUAAAGAGCUUGAUGAAAUUUAUCGUAUAACAGUGCUGGAUCCUAUUUCUAAGUUUUGUAUGUAUUUCCCAGAGAUAAAUGCCGCGAUUACAAAAAGAAAUCAUAAAUUGAUUGAUUAUGAUGCAAUACGUGCAAAGGUUAAACGUUUGACUGAUAAACCGUCAGAUGAUAUUAAAAAAUUGCCUAUGGUUGAAAGAGAAGCUUCUGCAUUGAAGGAUUUAUAUACUACAUUGAAUAAUCAGCUUCUUGAAGAAUUACCGCAAUUUAUUGACUUAAGAGUUCCAUAUUUAGAUGCGUCAUUUGAAGCAUUAGUAAAAAUACAAUAUCAAUUUUGUUAUGAUGGAUAUGAUCGUAUGUCAAAGGUUCAGCAGUAUUUUACGUCGCAAGUACGAAAUCAAUAUAGUAGUGGUGAUUUAGAUCAAAGAAUAGAUGAAAUACUUCAAAAAGUUAGAAAUUUGUCUAUUACGGGUUUAAGUUCUGCAUGA